CCCACUGCAUCACGACGAUGUCUUGACAUGGGGAGUCUGUUACCAUUUGCGCUUCGACGUCAUAAGGUUCACAUCCUUAAGAACCUUUAAUCAUGGACACGCAGUCGCCGUCAAACGCAUACGAGGCUGUUAUGGAGACUCCCAAGAAGAACCGACCGAGGGGCUACGACGACGUCGACAACACCAACAAUACGAUCCUCCUACAGAACGACACACUACUCGAUCAGGAGCAUGUGGAGCCAGACGUCAAACUACUGGCCAUCCCCUUCAUGGCCAUCGUGAUCCUCAGUAACGGAGCUCUCAUCGGCUUUAUGGCCAUUUUCCUGUCUGAAGUCACUAUGGGCUCCAAGAUCAGCGACCCCGUUGGGUCCUCCAAGAACGCCGACAAAAAAGUCGAGACCUACCAAUUACUCAAUGGCUACAUCUCCGCUGCAGCCGGAGAGCUACUCAACUUUGCCUACUUUGUCUUCCUCGCCGUUAUGGUCACGUACUUUGGGAACCUCCCCUGGCAUCCAGGCCAGAACGUUCGAGACGGUCGCGGUAACGUCAAGAAGGCAGUUCUCUGGUGGUUCACGCCUUUCAUGAUGUACGUCGUCAACGUCGGGAUCACUUCCAUGAACAUCAAGCACAUUAUCGUGGGCGUUGAGCACAUUUUCGUCCAAGACGACCUCGUCACCGCCAGUACCGCUCCCAAUUCCACGACGUCCGGUUACGACGUUCAGAACACCAUUUUGAGGACUGCGGUUCUGCAGAAUAGUGACCCCUUCAUCAUCCAAUCGGGCUCUUCCUGUCUGCUCUCCGACACUUCUUCAGUUAGUGAGGCCAGUCUUGAGAUCAGUAUCAACGAGAGCAGUUCCAUGCCCACCGUCAAAGGUAUCGACUCCACUUCAGUGGGUUUCGGCUUCACUAUUAACUCGUGGAACUACGAGGCGCUUCCCUAUGGUCUUAAUGCCACGCACUCUGUAAAUCUUACAGCGGGAGACCUCCCUACUGACGCCUUCUCUGAAUUCCAAGCAACUACUGGGUUUGAUUUCUUGACUGGAUACGAGAUGUUUCUACAGGGUAAAGCUCUGUUUGAGAGGUCAGUGUCAGAUGCCAACGUCUCGGCCGAAUACCCGUGCUCUUGGGUUGAUGGAAAAUACGAAGACGACAACUCGGACCAAGACGUUUUCAAUACUUUCGACAACACCAGCGAGUACGCGAACAUGCGGAAAUGCAACGGGGCAGUCAGUUCACUGCAAAUGUUGACAAACGCCACGGAUCCUUCGACUCACAAUCUCGAGUCUUUCGUGAACAUUGUCCUGGAUGGAAUGAACAUAACGCUGAACCAAUCGACCAAAUUAUCACUUGAUGAGACGACCUUCCUCUUCGAAACGUACAAAAUAUCGGAUCAAUUGAAUCUCACCAUGAUGACGCUCGACAUUCCGUUGGAUCUGUCGGUGCAGUACCGAAAUCUGAGUGCAGAUUGCACCGCCAACGGCACCCUGUCGCCGGAUGUAUACGACACGAGUCUGUAUACAGCAGAUCAACUUGCUCAGCUCGCCCAGUUCUACUGCAACACGACGUAUUAUCUCUACAGCAGCCCUGCAGCCACCUGUGGAUCAUCCAACUGCAUUUUCCUGGAUCAAUCGGGCAUGGCCGCGUUCAAGAGGCAGGUUCUACUCUUACCUUACUUGAAAGGCUGUAAGGUGGACGACAUGUCCUACGGCAGCGACUAUCUCAAUUUCUUGCCAUCCGGGUGCACAGCAGAGAAGGACUCAGCUUUUCUCUAUGGGGCAGGAACGUACAUUUCAGGUGACGCCUUCAAUGAACAAGACGCUCUUCCCUUCAUGAUCAACCCGAGACGUCAUCUCAUGUUUUCUUUCGCUAAACUCGACUGGCAACUGGAAGACGUGAGUAAGAUGUUCAAUGCCGGGUGUGAAGUACCAGGAGGUUGCGACGGUCUUGUUCAUAAACUCCAGAAUGGUACGAGCCCCAGUGCAAAAUCUGUAUCGGUUCUUGUGGUUGGGAACAGUACAAUUCCCUCCGAGAGAAUGGACGCCAGAUUCAUUAACCCCGUGCAACUCGUGACACUCAACGCACAACCACUACUGUAUCCGAAGACCAAGGAGCGUCACUUGUGGGAAUACGUUCAAAUGGACCGAUUUGAUGAAGUGACUUGGGCAGAUGCAAAUUUGGGGGAAUUAAACUGCUCGGUUCUUGUGGAUUCCUUCAUCACUCAAGUGGAGAACAACCACUAUUAUCUGGACGACCCACGCCAAGUAAUGUACACAUCUGCGUUGUAUUAUCUGUUUCAAAACGCAGCGACGAAAACGGUGACGCUGGGUGACAAGCCUGAUGGAGCGAGUAGUUUGUACAUUGGAUCUACUCGUCUGAACGGCGAUACGGAGCGGAAGAAGAUCAAAUAUUCCAUUCCGUUGAGCUCCGCUAUCGCCACAUUCAUCGGCAUCGCGAUCGUCAUCGGGUUUUCCUUUAUUGUGGUCAUUACACCCAUCGAUCGAGUCAUGACCUCCCGAGAGACGAAUUUCGCGGCUCGCUACACUGAUCUAUUGACGAAGGAGGACUAUCCUCCAGAAGUUCACAACUGCAACUUGCGAGUUCCAGGUGGAGAGUUACUCCCGAUGGAGGACUGCACUGUCGAGAGAAUUACGCUACACUCACUGGCUGACGAGUCUGAGAAGGUUUUCUUGUAAGGUCAGCAAUGUAAUGCAAUAAAAGUGUCAUUUAUAUGGAUUUAAUCAAAGAACUGGUUCCCUGCCAGACGACACUGAGGCUCGAACCGCGUUGAAGAGUAGAUUGCCUCGACAUGCGAGACGGUCGAUGGUUUCUUGCAUUUCAAUCUUCGACAAGGG